AUGGCAUCCCAGAGAUUAGUAAAACAAGAAGUCACCCACCUUCGCCCGCUAGGGUGGCAACAAGACUCCGAGGAAAGGUACAAGCUCUCAACGCUUGACUAUCUCAUGGCUUGCGUCUAUGUCAGCUUCGCCGUUUUCUUCAAGAUUGAAGAUGACUCAGAGAAGCCAAAAGUUGCCGAGCUGUUAAUCAAAGGUCUCGAGAAGACUUUGAGCCAGACCCGGCACCUCUGCGGGACUAUUGAGAAGGACCCCGAGGGGGGGCACUCCUUCAUGAAACGGCGUGAUAGUACCGUGGUGUUUGUGACGAAGUGGAUGGACCAGGGUGAGCACAAAGAGACUUGGCCAUCAUUCGCAGACCUGGAGAAGGCCAACUUUGUCUCAAAGGCACUGGGUGAUAUGGCCGACUAUAGUGUGUCUCCUAUGACUUACGGAGAGAAGCCAGAGGCCUCCCUGGAUGCCCACCCAAAGGUCGCGGCUUUCCAGGCCAAUUUCAUCCGCGGCGGUCUCGUGUUCGUGAUGCAUCACCACCAUAUGGCCAACGACGUCAUGGGCUGGGCCGGUGAGCUGCACCAACUCGCCGAGAACUGUGCAGCCAUCUGGAACAAUACAGCCUUUCCUACCUGGGACCCUGCUUGCCUGGACUUGUCUCGCCUUACUAAGCCGGAGUAUCCCGCAGACCAACAAGUCGAUGGACCGCCCUCACCAGAGAAACAUCCUGGUCAUAAGAAGUCCCAGUGGCUGCUCUUCCAUCUGCCAAAAGUCAAGGCUGCCGAACUGAAGAAAUUGGCAUCCCCAGCAGACAACUCAUACUGGAUAUCAACCUACGACGCCGUCCAGGCCUUCACCUGGAGACUCCUCUCCCGCCACCGCGCGAGGAUCUACAACCCCGACCCAUCCUCAACACCCCUCUGGGGCGAAGGGGUCAACAUGCGCAAGCGCCUCCGCAACCCGCCCGUCCCAGCCCGCAUCCAGCACAACGUACUCGGCGUCGCCCUCUCGCCGCAGGCACCCCCGCACGCGCCGCAGCCGACCGUCGCCGAGAUCACGGGCUCGGACGGCACGACGCCCCUCAGCAGGCUCGCCUGGUUCAUCCGGCAGAUGACGGACGGCACGACGCAGGAGAGCCUGGACGCGGCCCUCGAGUCCGUCGCGCCCGUGCGCGACAAGACCGUGCUCUACCUGCGGUGCGACUCGUUCCCGCCCAUGUACAACUUCACGACCGACUGGCGGGACACGGACGUCGCCGGGGCGGACUUUGGGUUCGCGCGGCCGUGUGCGUUCCGGCUGCCUAUGGAGCAUGUCACCCCUGGGUGUCAGGUUGUGUAUCCGCCUCGGAGCAACGACCCGGGCUCUGAUGAGGGGCCGGAGCUGUUGGUUGGGUUUGAGAAGGAGUUGACGGGGGGGCUGCUUGGGGAUCCGGAGUGGUCUCGGUACUUUGAGUUCAGGGGUGUUGAGGCGGAAGAAGCGGACUGACCGCAACUGAUUGACACACUGAGCAGUUCAGCAGCCUGGUCAUUAUUGAUUCCAUUGUUUCUUUGUUCCCAAGACGUUUUGACAUCUUCAC